CUAAUCAUAGCCGCGGGUGGGGUGUGGCGUGUUGUGUUGUUGCCUCCGCCUCCGCCGCCGGCCGCUCGAGCCUCCUCCUCUCCCGCCAGCCGCCGCCGCCGCCGCCGCUGCUUGCUUGCGAUUUUUCAGAUGGAGAGCCCGAAUCAGAACCAGCAGCAGGAGAGCAGCAGCGGAAGCAGCGUGAUGUGCCAGCUGGUCAGUCCCGAAGGAGACCACCUUGGCGCCGCCCUCUACUUGCCUCACAACGUCGGCCCGCCGCAGCUGCAGGAGAUCGUCAACCAUCUUCUCCACAACGAGGACAAGCUGCCAUAUGCAUUCUACAUCGGAGAUGAAGAACUCUCUGUCCAGCUUGGUGCUUACAUGCAGCAAAAGAAUGCAAAUGUUGAGGUUACCCUGCGCAUAGUAUAUCAACCGCAGGCAAUUUUCCGUAUCAGGCCAGUCAACCGAUGCUCUGCUACAAUUGCUGGCCAUACAGAAGCUGUACUAGCAGUUUCCUUCAGUCCUGAUGGAAGAUGUUUGGCUAGUGGUUCUGGUGAUACCACUGUUAGGUUUUGGGAUCUGAGCACACAGACCCCAUUGUUCACAUGCAAAGGACACAAAAACUGGGUCCUCUGCAUUGCAUGGUCGCCUGAUGGGAAUCAUCUUGUUAGUGGAAGCAAGUCAGGGGAACUUAUAUUAUGGGACCCGAAAACAGGCAAGCAAUUGGGGACUCCACUUACGGGGCAUAGGAAGUGGAUUACUGCUGUAUCUUGGGAGCCAGUUCAUUUGCAAUCUCCUUGCCGCCGUUUUGUAAGUACAAGUAAGGAUGGUGAUGCACGUAUUUGGGAUAUGACCACAAGGAAGUGUGUCAUUGCCCUUACAGGUCACACUAAUUCAGUGACUUGUGUGAAGUGGGGUGGAGAUGGUUUGAUUUACACUGGUUCUGAAGAUUGUUCAAUCAAAGUGUGGGAAACUUCUCAGGGAAAAUUGGUCAAAACACUGCAGGGUCAUGGUCACUGGGUCAAUUCACUUGCUUUGAGCACCGAGUAUGUUUUGCGCACAGGGGCAUAUGACCAUACUGGCAAGACAUAUUCAACAGCAGAGGAAAUGAAGGAGGCAGCUCUUGCGAGAUACAAGAAGAUGAGGGGCAAUGCACCUGAGAGACUAGUUUCUGGUUCUGAUGAUUUUACGAUGUUUCUCUGGGAACCAACAAUUAGUAAACAGCCCAAAGCCCGCAUGACUGGUCAUCAAAAGCUCGUAAACCAUGUCUACUUCUCUCCUGACGGGCAGUGGCUGGCAAGUGCCUCCUUUGACAAAUCUGUCAAGUUAUGGAAUGGUAUUACAGGCAAAUUUGUUGCAGCUUUCAGAGGGCAUGUUGCAGAUGUCUACCAGAUCAGCUGGUCUGCUGACAGUAGGCUUCUAUUGAGUGGAAGCAAGGAUUCCACCCUAAAGGUCUGGGAUAUUCGAACACGCAAGUUGAAACAGGAUUUGCCAGGGCACGCAGAUGAGGUGUACGCUGUGGAUUGGAGCCCUGACGGCGAGAAGGUUGCAUCUGGAGGCAAGGACAGGGUCCUCAAGCUAUGGAUGAACUAGUUCCCUUAGAGUUAAGGUACUUAGCUAGUAGCUUCUUGUCAUGGUGGCUCUCUCUUGUUCUUGGUGAGAGAUUUUGUAGGGUUGGGUUGGCAUUUCUUGUUUUUAUUUUGCAACCAAAGGCUUGAGGGUUUAUAGCUGGUUUUUUUUAGAUAAUGGAAUAUAAUAUUCCGGUUUUUGUUCAAAAAGAACUACAGCCAAUUAUUACAAAGAUCCACUCCAGAAGAGAGUGUAGUUUAAGACAAGUUGAACACACCAAAUAAGAGAAGAGAUAACCCAAACUGAGAAAAGCAAAACAAAAUGUGGAGGCUAGAAGGCCUUGUCAAGGCUUA